AUGAAGCCGGCCGAGCUGUACCUGCUCGCCUACAACGGGCUGCAAGUCGCCGGCUGGGCGCUGAUCCUCGUCAAGACGCUUUCCGGGCUGGCCGAGGGGCUAUCGUGGAGCCAGCUGUACACCAACGUCGAGUGCCUCGUCCAAAUUUUCCAGACGGCCGCCGUCCUCGAAAUUGUACACUGUGCAAUCGGCCUCGUCCGGUCACCGAUUGCAACGACUAUUAUUCAGGUGUUCUCCCGGGUGUCCGUCGUUUGGCCGGUGCUGUACAAGGUGCACGAGGCCCGGGAUAGCAUUGGCGUGCCGAUGCUGCUCGUCGCCUGGUCGAUCACCGAGGUCAUCCGCUACUCUUUCUACGCCCUCAACAUUGUCAAGUCGGUGCCGUCAUUCCUCGUCUGGUGCCGGUACACGUUCUUCAUCAUCCUCUACCCGAUGGGCGCCUCCGGCGAGCUGUUCACCGUUGUCCGGUCGCUGAACGAGGUGCACGCGAAGAAGCACUUCUCGUUGGAGAUGCCGAACGCGAUCAACUGGUCGUUCUCCUUCUGGUGGUACCUCGUCCUCUUCGCCCUGACGUACAUCCCCGGCUUCCCGAAGAUGUACCUGCACAUGUUCGGCCAGCGCAAGAAGGUCCUCAACGACGCGCACAAGAAGCAAAAC